AUGUCGCAUCGGAAAAGCUUGAAAUUGCAUGAGAUAGAAGAUGAAUUGGAACAAUGGGAUGAUGCUCAGGAUGUUUACAUUGAGCCACCGGAGGUUGCAGAAUACACCGACGAGGAUUCAGCGGAUGAGGAUUCUGGUGGAUUCAUUGACAACUUGACUGGAAGACAACUCUUGGCUACUGCUGAAAUCGUCACGCGGAGAACGUCUUUUGAGGAAACCGAAGAUGAGGUUACAGCUCAUGGUCCAGCUAAAAAGCGUAAAGUCAGCUAUAAAUGGAAGAAAGCUGACUUGCCAGAUUUACCCUCCACCGAAUUCGAAACGACAAUUUCUCAGGACUACGAAGGCAAGACUUGUACGGAUAUGUUUGAAUUAUUUUUUGAUGAGGGCGUUUGUCAGUUUCUAAUUGACCAGACCACUAAGUACGCAUUAUUUUUGAACUGCCCAGAUCCCCGUAUAAACAUAGCGGAACUUAAAUGUUUUUUUGCCAUUUUGAUUGUCUCGGGUUAUAACAAGUUACCAAGUAAAAAAUCGUACUGGGAAACUGGCGAUGAUAUGCGAAAUUCUUUGGUAUCUAAUGCUAUGCGGCGAGAUAAGUUUAUACAAAUCAUGCGAUUUGUUCAUGCGAGUGAUAAUACUCAAUUGAACAAGAACGAUAGAAUGAGUAAAUUACGACCGUUGAUGAACGUUUUAAAAAAUAAGUUUCUUGAGCACAUUCCAAUCGAACAAGAUCUAAACUACGACGAAAGCAUGAUUGAAUAUUACGGAAGACAUGGAUGUAAGCAAUGUAUUCGGAAUAAGCCUAUUCGUUUCGGAUAUAAAGCUUGGUGCCUAAAUUCUGUCAGUGGAUAUUUAGCUAAUUUUGAGGUGUAUCAAGGUUCGAUUCCAGGCUCUAAUUUGGAACAUGAGCAGAAAUUCGGUAAAGCGACAGCUCCAAUGCUAACUAUGAUAAACGAGUUACCUCUAGCUAUGCGGACACAAAAGCUGCGGUUUUAUUUUGAUAAUCUUUUCACAGGUAUUCCACUAUUGAUGCACUUGAAAAAGAUGGGUUAUGGUGGUACUGGUACUCUUCGCCAAAACCGAUUACCUAAAGAAUGUCCGAUUGCUAAAGUUGAAACCAUGAAGAAGAGAGAAAGAGGUUCGUAUGAAUAUGCUAGUCAAGGCGACGUCGUUGUAGCCCGCUGGAUGGAUAACUCUGUUGUGACAGUCGCCUCCACCGAUCAUAAAGUACACCCGCUUGGUACAGCAUCUCGAUACUCGAAGGCUUGUAAACAGAAAAUCAAAAUUCCUCGACCCCAUCUUAUUGGUGCUUACAAUCAAUCAAUGGGAGGCACAGAUCUCAUGGAUGCUCACAUAAAUAAUUACAGGAUUGGUAUUCGAAGCAAGAAAUGGUGGUGGCCUAUCUUUACUUGGCUUAUUGAUGUUUCAGUAAACAAUUCAUGGAUUUUGAUGCGCAAAUCCGGUAGGAAUAUUUCUCAGUUAGAUUUCCGUCGUGAAAUUGCUCAAACAUAUUUGAAAAAGUACGCGAAUCCUCCAAAAGCGGGCGGCAGACCAUCAACCUCUCAGUUUGGAGGAAGGAUACUGGAAGGAGUUAGAAGAGAAAAGUAUGCGACUGUGAAAGUGACUGCGACCAAAUGGGUUGGCGGUGGCUAG